CGCCCGAGUGUGCGCUGCGCUCCCGGGGCUGCUCGGCGCGGUUCCCCAUCCCUGCUCCAGCCCCCCCACCCCCACCCCUUUCCAGGGACCCGUGCCCUGCGGCGGCGACCGCCCGGGUGCGGGGGGACCCGGGGAGCGCGCGCGCGCGGGUUGGCCGCGCGCCCACGGGGCCGCGAGCCGCCGAUUCCUGCCGAGUGUAGAGAGGAGAGAGAGUGAGCAGGGAGCGGGGCUUUUGUCUGUUGGUCUCCCUGGACUGAAGAAAGGGAGAAUAGAAGAGCAAGACUGUUAAGAUCCUCAAAAUGGUUUACUACCCGGAACUCUUGGUCUGGGUCAGCCAAGAACCAUUUCCAUACAAGGCAAUGGAGGGAAGUCUUACUAAGGGAAGACUUCCUGUGCCAAAGGAAGUGAACCGGAAGAAGACCAAUGAGACCAGUGCUGCUGCCCUGACUCCACCGGGCAGCCACCAACUCUGCUUCCCAAACGCCAGUUACCUCCACUGUUUUUAAUUGUAACACCUCCAUUUGUAUUACAUAUGGUGUAUGGGGUUUUGAUGAGGUCUUGGUAUCAUAUAUGGGAUUUUUUUUUUUCUGUGUAAAUCAUCAACUAUAAGAAGAAACUAUGGGACUCUAAGCCUUGCUUUAGAGAAUUUACAGUGGACAAAUAGGUAUCAUCAAACCAGUUUUUAAACCAUUCUGACUCAAGUGAAAACGCUCAGAAUUUCACACUGUGAAUCCACGUUUACAACCCCUCCAGGUGGGCCUUCAGGCCUGGUUCGCUACAGCAAUGUCUUCCACAACUCAAACUCCCACUGCGCACACACGACCGGUCCACUCCUGCCUUUCAUCAUUACAGCUCCCGACUGCUUCUUGCAGAGGCUGAGAGUCCCCCCCCCCAACACUUUUAUUUUUUCAUUUAGAUGUAACAAGCCUAGUAGUUUAUGUUCAUCAAUUGUCUGUAUAUCUCUAUAUUUUACCCAUGUACUCUUUUGAUGUAUAGAAGUAGUUUGAAACUCAUCGUUUCCUCGUGGUAAGUGACUGAGAUGCUGCCACAGGACCUGAGACACUGAUGAAUGGUGCUAUUUUGGACUUUUCAACAUGCUCCUUGGCGAGGUAGCUCUGAUGGAGUUAUUUUUUAUUUCCAUGUUCUAAGAAGGUGUUGGUACUCUGUUUCCCCGGACGUUGUUCUCUAGACUGGAUUGACUUGUUUUCCUUGUGUCUUCAGUGUGGCUUUCUUCUUCAGCGUCGUAGGUUGAGUGGAUGCUACCAGGAGCGUGAGAGGCUGUCCUCUCGUGGCCGGCCCUGGUGGACUGGCAGUCAUGGUAGCGGGAGCAAUCACAAAACUGUAAUUUUACCUACCAGAACUCUUCCUUUCCGCAGCCUCACCUGCCUGACUUAGAAAAAGAAAAGCAAUAAUUCCCCAGGCAUUUCUGAGGUGUCUCUUUGGAUUCUUUUCGUUUAACUGGAUAUUUAGGGGGAGUAAAGGUCCACUAUUUUUUAAUAAGUGCCAUGUGGAAAAAACAAAAUCCAAAGUACUGGCAUCUGAGUAGGAAUUUGAAAAUUAUACCUUUCCCAAAGUUGAAGUUGGAAAAGUGUUUUUACAAAAAUGAUGAUGAUGAUGAAAGGCAAAACACCUUUUUUUGGGGGGAAGUUUUGGUAAGCAAGGUGUAGAUUUUACAUUUUUGUCCUUGCUCCCAAUGAAAUGGAUAUAAACAAAAAUAAAAUCCGAUAAUGCCAUCUCUCCACGGAAUGUUGUUGUGUUAGCCAGACUGAAAGCCCACCUUAAUUUUUAUAUACGUCUUUAGCUCUUCCUUUGACAGGGCAGGCCUUGUUCUGAACUGUUUGCGCUUCGACUGUUAAAACACCAAUGACGCAUGCACUGUAUUUCUUCGUUCUCUCCUCGCUCCCCCUCUGGCCUGAGUUUCUUGUGCAUCCUCCCCACCCCCACCUUUGUUAGGAUAGAUAUAUCAGCUAUGUAAAUAGAGCAAGAAAACAGUAUUGUGCAUUUGUGGCAUUUAUGUAGAGUUCCAGCUGUGCACUGCUGAAAACGCAGGCUUUUGUAACAUGUGGUCCUUACUGUUGCUCUCAUAAGUACCCAAUGUAUUUUAGCUAUUUUAGUAAUAUUUGUUCAAUAAAUAUGCAAGCUGUA